AUGAAUGCCAUGCAGCAAGCCCAAGGAUCAAACCAAAUUCCUUCCCAAACAGUUGUGAAUCCUAAAGGCCCUAAUGCUAAUGUGAGUGCAAUUUCCUUGAGAUCCAAGACGGUAACAAAACCAGCCCCAGAAAAAAAUAAAAAAAUUCUUGAGGUAACAUCUGAACCUUCUUCCGUUGUGAUAGAAGUUGAACCCUCUGUUGCGGUAGAAACUGAAAAAGAAAAAGAGAAGGAGUAUGUGCCACCAGUUCCCUUCCCACAUAGAAUACUGAAAAAUAAAAGGACUGAUGAUGGAGACAAGGAGAGAAAGAUUUUAGAUGUAUUCAGAAAAGUGACGGUAAAUAUUCCGCUUGAUGUUAUUAAGCAGGUUCCAAAGUAUGCAAAAUUUCUAAAAGACUUGUGCACAAGUAAGAAAAGGUUGAAGGGCAGUGAGAGAGUAAAUUUGGGACGAAACAUUUCAGCCCUUAUCCAGCCUAAACAUUCACCUGAAAAAGCUACUAUUUCAUCCUUUAAUCAGGCCAUACCUCAAAAGUGCAAGGAUCCAAGAACUUUUUAUAUUCCAUGUACCAUUAGGGAUAGUAAAUUCAACAAUUGCAUGCUUGAUUUGGGAGCAGGCAUUAAUGUUAUGCCUACUUUUGUUUAUAAUAACCUUGAUCUUGGUCCUUUACAGCAUACAGGUUUAAUCAUUCAACUAGCGAACAGAAGUAAGGCUCGCCCUAUUGGAGUAGUGGAAGAUGUGCUUGUUCAAGUUAAUGACUUGAUUUUUCUUGCAGAUUUCUACAUUCUGGACAUUUUUAGCGGUUAUUUGAUAUCUAUCAAUUGUUCAAAUCAUAAUUUGAGAUACGGGAUGCCGUUUUUCAAGUUCUGA